UAACGUUUGUCUUCUUCCUUGAUGCACAAAUUAUCAAGCGUGCAGAAACAGAAAUCUCUCACGAACACAUACACAUGUUUUCAUGUACGUUCCAGAUCUAACCCUCUCAAACUGAAACCCUCAACUCUCCCCCCAAUUUCACUCUGAUUAGUCAGAGUGUUGAUUUCAUUUCAAUCAAAUUUAAACGAUCGGAUUAAACCAAACUGGAGCAAUUAAAAACGAUCGGCCGGGAGCUCGCAAUGGGCUCCCAAGGCGGGUUCGGGCAAUCCAAAGAGUUCCUCGACCUCGUGAAAUCCCUUGGUGAGGCCCGAUCUAAGGCCGAAGAAGACAGAAUUGUGCUCAACGAGAUCGAAACCCUAAAGCGCCGAAUCUCGGAGCCUGACGUCCCUAAACGGAAGAUGAAAGAGUUCAUUAUCCGUCUCGUAUAUAUCGAAAUGCUCGGCCACGACGCGUCGUUUGGGUACAUUCACGCCGUUAAGAUGACGCACGAUGAUAAUUUGGUGCUCAAACGGACUGGUUACUUGGCUGUUACAUUGUUUUUGAAUGAGGAUCAUGAUUUAAUUAUCUUGAUUGUUAAUACGAUUCAGAAGGAUUUGAAGUCGGAUAAUUAUUUGGUGGUUUGUGCCGCGUUGAAUGCGGUUUGUAAGUUGAUAAAUGAGGAAACGAUUCCCGCGGUUCUGCCGCAGGUGGUGGAUUUGUUGGGGCAUUCGAAGGAAGCCGUUAGGAAGAAGGCGAUCAUGGCGCUUCAUCGGUUUUAUCAGAAGUCGGCGUCUUCCGUUCAGCAUCUUGUUUCUAAUUUUCGGAAGAAACUUUGUGAUAAUGAUCCUGGGGUCAUGGGUGCAACACUUUGCCCUCUUUUUGAUCUUAUUACAAUAGAUGUCAAUUCUUAUAAGGACUUAGUGAUCAGCUUUGUAAGUAUUCUUAAGCAAGUAGCAGAACGUAGAUUGCCUAAGAGUUAUGAUUACCAUCAGAUGCCUGCCCCGUUCAUUCAGAUCAGGUUGCUGAAAAUUCUGGCAUUGCUGGGUAGUGGUGACAAGCAAGCAAGCGAGAAUAUGUAUACUGUUGUAGGUGACAUAUUCAGGAAGUGUGAUUCAUCCAGUAAUAUAGGAAAUGCUGUUCUGUAUGAGUGCAUAUGUUGUGUUUCUUCUAUAUAUCCAAAUCCCAAGCUAUUAGAAUCUGCAGCAGAUGUUAUCGCCAGAUUUUUAAAGAGUGAUAGUCAUAAUUUAAAAUACAUGGGGAUUGAUGCACUUGGUCGUCUAAUAAAGACUAGCCCAGAGAUUGCUGAACAACACCAGCUGGCUGUCAUUGAUUGCCUAGAGGACCCAGAUGAUACUCUAAAGCGAAAAACCUUUGAACUACUGUAUAAAAUGACAAAGUCCUCCAAUGUGGAAGUGAUUGUUGACCGCAUGAUUGAUUACAUGAUUAGCAUUAAUGAUAAUCAUUACAAAACCGAAAUAGCAUCUCGGUGUGUUGAACUAGCCGAGCAGUUUGCACCAAGUAACCACUGGUUUAUCCAGACCAUGAAUAAGGUCUUCGAGCACGCUGGAGACCUGGUGAAUAUCAAAGUGGCACAUAACUUGAUGCGGUUGAUAGCUGAAGGAUUUGGGGAGGAUGAUGAUAAUGCAGAUAGUCAGCUAAGAUCAUCUGCUGUGGAAUCGUAUUUGCGGAUUAUUGGAGAGCCAAAGCUUCCUUCAGUAUUUCUUCAAGUCAUUUGCUGGGUCUUAGGGGAGUAUGGCACCGCGGAUGGAAAGUUUUCUGCUUCCUACAUUACUGGAAAAUUAUGUGAUGUUGCAGAGGCAUAUUCAAAUGACGAAACUGUUAAGGCCUAUGCCGUUACAGCACUAAUGAAAAUAUAUGCAUUCGAAUUAGCUGCUGGGAGGAAAGUGGAUAUGCUACCAGAGUGUCAGUCUUUGAUUGAGGAAUUAUCAGCUUCACACUCAACAGACUUGCAGCAACGCGCAUACGAACUCCAAGCUGUCAUUGGCUUGGAUGUUCAUGCUGUUGAGAUUAUAAUGCCCUCAGAUGCAAGUUGUGAAGAUAUUGAGAUUGAUAAAAAUCUCUCAUUCCUCAGUGGCUAUGUACAACAGGCUCUGGAGAAAGGGGCUCAGCUCUAUAUUCCAGAGAAUGAACGUUCUGGGAUGUCGACUAUCAGCAAUUUUAGAACCCAAGAGCACCAGGAAUCUUCAAUGCAUGGUCUUCGGUUUGAGGCAUAUGAGCUUCCAAAGCCAACUGUGUCAUCAAGGAUUCCUCCAGUUUCCCUUGCAUCAUCUACUGAACUUGUUCCAGUGCCUGAGCCAUCCUAUCCUAGGGAAACCCAGAAAGUAGCAUCUCUUCCAUCUGUAUCCAGUUCAGAUCCUUUGGAUCUCAGGUUACGACUUGAUGGGGUCCAAAAGAAGUGGGGUAGGCCUACUUACUCCUCUUCUGAAACUUCAACCUCAAAUUCUGUUCCUGAGAAAUCAGUGAAUGGUGUCACAAAAGUAGUAGAUGCAGCAGGCACUGUAAGCACAAGGGCACGUGACACCUCAUAUGAUUCCAGGAAAGCAGAAGUUGAAAUUUCUCCAGAGAAGCAGAAGCUUGCUGCGUCACUGUUUGGUGGUUCAUCAAAAACUGAAAGGCGAAUGUCUACAACUGGGCAUAAGACUGGCAAGGCAGGCAGCCAUGUUGCAGAGAAGCCUCAGGUGUCAAAAGGAUCGGAUAGAAGUGCAGCAGAGAAAACAGUUGCUCAACCACAACCAGACUUGCUCGACUUGGGCGAUCCAACAGUUCCUAGUAGUGCACAAUCCUAUGAUCCAUUUAAGCAGUUGGAAGGGCUGCUUGACUCAAACCAAGUUACUUCAAGUGUGAAUCACAAUGCAGCAGGUACUGACAAAGCACCUGAGAUUAUGGGACUAUGUUUGGAGACAGCUGGGAGUGGGAGUGGGAAUGGAAGUGGUGUUGAUGUCAAUCUCUUAUCUGGGUUGUCAAAUCCAACUAUCAAAAAUGCUCAUGAAGGAACUGCAACAACACAGUCGACACAAUUUAGUAAAGGUCCAAACACCAAAGAUGCAUUGGAAAAGGAUGCUCUUGUGAGGCAGAUGGGUGUGACCCCAACCAGUCAAAACCCCAACUUGUUCAAAGAUUUGUUAGGCUGAAUUGCUAAGGAUGCAAGUUAAUGGCAUUGUGUUCUAGUUUGGGAUUUCUAUCGUGCUGCCUUUCUAGUAGGCCAUGUGUCAAGUUACAAUUAUGCAGGCGACAAGAAGAUUGCCACGUGCCAAGAGUGGAGAGAUUGUGGUGUUAUGAUGUGGUACAUAUUUGUAUCUGUGGUGGACAGCAUAGGUUUUUGUACGAACUUAGAAACGGAGUUGGUGUACAUGGAGUGUUUACUUGAGCUCUGUUAUGGCCUCCAGGGUUUUGGAACACUCUUGAGGGGAAAAGGACUUUGGCUGUAUGGGUUUGUUUUUUUACACUGCCUAAGUUACUUGAGAUUGUUGUUAUAAUGGUGUAUCAAUGAGUUUACUUGGGAAUUCUCAUUUUUUUUCAUUAUAAUUUUGGUUCCAAGCUCAAAGAUGCCGUCAUUUUGACAUAUUGAUUUGUAUUUUCUAUGGAGCAAGAGAAGCCUCGAAUUUUGGGUUGAAUAUGAGAUUGAACAUCAAUUUGAUUUGUUUAA